AUUAUGCGUUUGCAUGUUAGUCUGCAGUAUUUACUUUUCUAAUAUAUUAAAAGAUUUAAAGAAUCUCGUUGUUUAAUUAAUCAAAAUCAAUUCUUAAUCUUCCUCUUUUUAUACAUCUCUUUCAUUUUCCUCACCUUCACAACUCUAAAACCAAAAGAAAACUCAUUUUAGAGAGAAAGUGUUGCUCAAAAAAAGAGAGAAAGAAAGCAAAAUGGGUUCCAAAACUGUCCUAGUUUUCUUGAUCAUGGCUAUCUUCGCCGCGUCUACACUCGCUCAAGCUCCAGCUCCUACUCCCACCGCUACUCCUCCACCACCCGUCGCAACUCCUCCUCCCGUAGCUACUCCUCCACCAGUGGCCACUCCACCCGCCGCAACCCCAGCCCCAACCACCACUCCACCACCGGCUGCAACUCCAGCCCCCGCAACUACUCCACCGUCGGCAGCUCCUUCUCCAUCUGAUGUUCCCGCCGCCUAUCCACCGGCACCGGAAGGUCCCGCGUUGAGCCCAAGCGGACUUGCUCCAGGGCCUUCAGAUGAAGCGCCUGCCCCAAGUGCCGCUUUCUCCAACAAAGCUUUCAUGGUUGGAACCGCUUUCACCGCUAUUAUGUACGCCGCCGUUAUGGCUUGAGAUAUUUUCGCGUUUUUCAAAAUUCACGUUUUCAUUGUUAUUAUUUUAAUUUUACCGCGAUUUAUUUCAAACCCUUGGUAUUAUGUGAGAAUUUCAUUUGUUUCCGUAUAUCGCUAUUUUGGUCGUUUAUAAUUUAUUAUGUGUAAUGUUGUAUGUAAAUCGAAUGAUAGAUUAAUUAAAUAAUUUCAUUUUUUUUUGUUUAAUAAAAUUCUUACAAUUUGCUCAUGCA